AUGUGUGUUUAUGCCUACAUCAUGCCGAGGAGACACUUAACAGUAAAUAACCUGUGUAUACCUGAGGUAAGAUACUGUUUCUGCUUUCCCUGCACAGUGCUGCUGCAGCACGGAGCUGAUCCAAACAUUCGGAACACUGAUGGGAAAUCUGCGCUGGAUCUGGCAGACCCUUCAGCAAAAGCUGUACUCACGGGUGAAUACAAGAAGGACGAACUCCUGGAAGCUGCUAGGAGUGGUAAUGAAGAAAAACUGAUGGCUUUACUGACUCCUUUAAAUGUGAACUGCCAUGCAAGUGAUGGGCGUAAGUCCACUCCUUUACACCUAGCAGCAGGCUACAACAGAGUUCGGAUAGUCCAGCUUCUGCUUCAGCAUGGUGCCGAUGUGCAUGCAAAGGACAAAGGUGGUCUUGUGCCUCUUCAUAAUGCAUGUUCAUAUGGACACUAUGAGGUUACAGAGCUGCUGCUUAAGCAUGGUGCCUGUGUGAAUGCUAUGGACCUCUGGCAGUUUACCCCCUUGCACGAGGCUGCUUCCAAGAACCGCGUGGAGGUCUGCUCCCUCCUGCUGAGCCACGGCGCAGAUCCCACGCUGGUCAACUGCCACGGCAAGAGCGCGGUUGAUAUGGCUCCGACGCCUGAGCUCAGGGAGAGACUGACCUAUGAAUUCAAAGGACACUCUUUACUGCAAGCAGCCAGAGAGGCAGACCUAGCCAAAGUGAAAAAGACACUUGCUUUGGAAAUCAUUAAUUUUAAGCAGCCACAGUCUCAUGAGACUGCACUGCAUUGUGCUGUGGCUGCUGUGCAUCCCAAGCGGAAGCAAGUUACAGAACUAUUGCUCAGGAAAGGAGCAAAUGUUAAUGAGAAAAACAAAGACUUCAUGACACCUUUACAUGUUGCAGCUGAAAAAGCUCAUAAUGAUGUCAUGGAAGUUCUGCAUAAACAUGGAGCAAAGAUGAAUGCACUGGACACACUUGGUCAAACAGCAUUGCACAGGGCUGCAUUAGCAGGUCACUUGCAAACCUGCCGGCUGUUGCUGAGUUACGGCUCUGAUCCUUCCAUCAUCUCUUUACAAGGCUUCACAGCAGCACAGAUGGGAAAUGAAGCAGUGCAACAGAUUCUAAGUGAAAGUACACCUGUGCGCACAUCGGAUGUGGAUUAUCGGUUGUUAGAAGCAUCCAAAGCUGGAGACUUGGAAACUGUGAAGCAACUUUGCAGCCCUCAGAAUGUGAAUUGUAGAGAUCUGGAAGGCCGUCAUUCAACGCCACUGCAUUUUGCUGCAGGCUAUAACCGCGUAUCAGUGGUGGAGUAUCUGUUGCACCAUGGAGCAGAUGUGCAUGCCAAAGAUAAAGGUGGCUUAGUACCCCUGCACAACGCCUGUUCUUAUGGACACUACGAAGUGGCUGAACUCUUGGUCAGGCAUGGUGCUUCUGUCAACGUGGCCGACCUGUGGAAAUUCACUCCUCUACAUGAAGCAGCAGCAAAAGGAAAAUAUGAAAUCUGCAAACUGCUUUUAAAACAUGGAGCUGAUCCAACAAAAAAGAAUCGAGAUGGGAACACUCCUCUAGAUUUGGUGAAAGAAGGGGACACAGAUAUCCAGGACUUACUGCGAGGAGACGCUGCCUUGCUAGAUGCUGCCAAGAAGGGGUGCCUGGCACGAGUACAGAAGUUAUGUACUCAAGAAAAUAUCAAUUGCAGAGACACCCAGGGAAGAAAUUCAACACCGCUACACCUUGCAGCUGGUUACAACAAUUUGGAAGUAGCUGAAUACCUUCUUGAGCAUGGUGCUGAUGUUAAUGCCCAGGACAAAGGAGGAUUAAUCCCCCUACACAACGCAGCAUCCUAUGGGCAUGUGGAUAUAGCAGCACUGUUGAUCAAAUACAAUACAUGUGUAAAUGCAACAGAUAAAUGGGCAUUCACACCAUUGCAUGAAGCUGCACAAAAAGGAAGGACACAGCUCUGUGCUCUGCUGUUAGCUCAUGGAGCAGAUCCAACCAUGAAGAAUCAAGAGGGUCAGACACCACUAGACCUGGCAACAGCUGACGAUAUCCGAGCUUUGCUGAUAGAUGCGAUGCCUCCAGAAGCUUUGCCUACAUGCUUCAAGCCUCAAGCUACUGUUGUUAGUGCCUCUGUGAUCUCACCAGCAUCCACGCCGUCCUGCCUCUCUGCUGCCAGCAGUAUAGAUAACCUCACUGGGCCACUGGCAGAACUAGCUGUAGGAGGGGCAUCAAAUGCUGGUGAUGGAGCAGCAGGAACUGACAGGAAGGAAGGAGAAGUUUCUGGUCUUGACAUGAACAUUACCCAGUUCCUAAAAAGCCUUGGUCUUGAACACCUUCGGGAUAUCUUUGAGACAGAACAGAUAACCCUGGAUGUGUUGGCAGACAUGGGGCAUGAGGAGCUUAAAGAAAUUGGGAUCAAUGCAUAUGGACACCGCCACAAAUUAAUAAAAGGUGUGGAGAGACUUCUAGGAGGGCAGCAAGGCACUAAUCCUUAUUUGACUUUCCACUGUGUGAGUCAGGGGACCAUUCUCCUUGACCUUGCUCCUGACGAUAAGGAGUAUCAGUCCGUAGAAGAGGAGAUGCAAAGUACAAUCCGGGAGCAUCGAGAUGGUGGAAAUGCUGGUGGUAUCUUCAACAGAUACAAUGUCAUCAGGAUUCAAAAGGUAGUGAACAAGAAGUUGCGGGAGAGAUUCUGUCACAGACAGAAAGAGGUCUCAGAGGAGAAUCAUAAUCAUCACAACGAACGCAUGUUGUUUCACGGGUCUCCUUUUAUUAAUGCUAUCAUUCACAAAGGAUUUGAUGAAAGGCAUGCAUACAUUGGAGGAAUGUUUGGAGCUGGAAUUUACUUUGCUGAGAACUCCUCAAAAAGCAACCAAUAUGUGUACGGAAUAGGGGGAGGAACAGGCUGUCCCACACACAAAGACAGGUCUUGUUAUAUCUGUCACAGACAAAUGCUGUUCUGUAGAGUGACCCUUGGAAAAUCCUUUCUUCAGUUCAGCACAAUGAAAAUGGCUCAUGCCCCUCCAGGGCACCAUUCUGUUAUCGGCAGACCAAGCGUGAAUGGACUUGCCUACGCUGAAUACGUUAUCUAUAGGGGAGAACAGGCAUACCCAGAAUAUCUCAUUACAUACCAGAUUGUGAAACCAGAAGCUCCUUCACAGACAGCAACAGCAGCAGAGCAAAAGACCUAGUAGCUUCAGAGCAGUGAAGAAGGAUGUGGCUUCAAUCUUGGACUGGAUGGAUACAUGUUUCAGAAAAUCAGUAUCAUAAAAUUCUUAACAACCUGGAAAUAA